AUGUCCGACAUCAAGCCCAAACCCCCUUCAAUCCCUCAAUGGCAGCAACCUGCCGCUUCCAGCACAAACACCGACAACUCCACCUCCACACCAUCGCCGAGCUCCGAUGAGACUCCCCGUUCAGAGCUCAUAGAGCAAGCCAAAAAGUUCUUACAGGAUGACUGCAUACGCGAUGCGCCCAUUGAUCGCAAGAUAGCUUUUCUAGAGUCCAAGGGCCUUCGAAACGAGGAAAUAGACAGUCUCCUGGCCAUCUCGAGAGAUGCGGACUCAAGCAGCCGCAGCAGCGCCGAGGAGAACAAGUCUACCCCGGAUUCUACCACAUCAUCCACCAGCAAUGAGUCGCAAAGUCCCAAAGAACCAUCUUCUCCAUUACCAACAUCCUCCGCAUCUUCGUCCACCACACCCGCUGCUCCAACCGCCACCAAGAACUCCGCGCCACGCGAUGUCCCACCCAUAAUCACCUACCCCGAAUUCCUCAUGCAGCAAUCCAAACCCCCACCACUAGUCACCCUCCGCAGCAUUCUCUACACACUCUACGGUGCUGCCGGUCUAGGAGCAAGCCUCUACGGCGCAAGCGAAUACCUCGUCAAACCAAUGCUCGCCACCCUCACCAGCGCCCGCCUGGAACUCGCCCAAACCGCCAACAUCAACCUCCAAAAGCUCAACGAGAAACUCGAACAGAACGUCUCUCGGAUCCCGCCCCAUCUCUCUGCAAAGGACACAAAACAAACCGAGCCCGCCGACUCCGAAGACGACGAGCAGGACUCCAUCACCUCCGACCCAACAGAGCUCUUCCACCGCGACGUCGCAACCCAGACCUCCCAGGAUCUGGACGCAAGCACCCUCCCGCACAAAGCAGAUCAGCACCCCGCCAAUGAGGCAACACCCGACCCCACCGCAACAGUGAACACGCACCUCAAGCGGCUCGAGAACAUCACCUCGCAUCUCCGCGAAGUGGCCUCCUCGGAGAAAGAAUCAGGUGCGCUGGACGACUCCGUGCAUACCCGGUUGAGCGAACUCCACCAUUACCUCGAUGGCCUGCUCUACAGCAGGUCCAGCUAUAGUUCUGUCACGGCGUAUGGGGUAUACAGCACGCCUGGCCUGGAGACCACAUCCGGCCCCUCGGCGGGCAUCAGCAAAGCCGAGGAGGACGCAAUGGCCAGCUUCCGCGCUGACAUUAGAGGUGUCAAGGGCGCCUUGCUGAGUGCGAGGAACUUCCCCGCCAGCCGGGGAAGAACCGGCUCAGGAAUUCUGUCUGGAAGGUGA